GAAGCAUUGACAGCGGUACGGCUCCUCCCAUUUCGGUCACCUUGCAGUGCUGUCGGAGGUGCUCUCUGACGUCGGCGGGAUUCUGUGUGCUGAUUGGAGGAGAGCGCUGCAGAAGGUGACGGCACGGCGGCCAUCUUUGUUGAUGUGUCAGAGUCGGGGAUGGAUCCGCAGUGAGGGGAUACCGGCAGAUCUACAUCUUCUGAAGCUAUGGAGGAACCUGGUGGUCUUUGUGAGGACAGUCCGACACCCCUGGAUGACCAGUCUGUUGCCCCGAGCUGUAACGGUGAUUUGGGAACGAUAAAGGACCAGCAGCCUAUUGCAGAAGAAGAUGGCGGCAAACCUCAGGAGGAAUCGGUCGGCGAUUGCGGGAACUCGUCAUCAGAAGACGCCGUUGAAAUAUGUGAACUUCAGCAGCCGGUCCAGCAGGAGCCAGAGGCUGGAACUGAGCCCUGUGACUCCGACUGCCCAGAUUCUGCACAAGUAGCAGCCGUGCCUGAAACCUCCUCACCAAAUGAGGAAACGGAAAACGGCGUCCCCGAAACUUCUCGGGACAAGGACACUCCAGAUGUGAAGGACGAUUUUACAGAGAGCCCAGACACAGAGAGUCCAUUUAAUACAAUCAGCACCAAAGAACUCCUCUCUAAAAUCCACCUUCCGUUGUCUCAGGAGACUUUACUAGAUGAGAUUGAAUCUGAGCUCCAGUCCACGGAAAUGGAGCUCAAGCAGCAAAAUGGACUGACGAAAGGUGGGCUGGCGCUUUCUGUGCUGGAGCAUUGUGUCCAGGAAAAGUAUCUUCAGCAGGAGAACACAAUCAGAAGGUUGAUUGAAGAGAAUAAGAAGCACCAGCAGCUGAUCGUGGAUAUCUGCUCCGAGAAGGACAAUCUAAGAGAAGACCUGAAGAAACGAGGAGAGACUGAGAUACUUCAUCUGAACUCCAUCAAACAGCUGGAGGGAAGAAUAGAAGAACUCAACCGAGAGCUGAAAUUGGCGAAGGACAGGAUGGUGGCACAGGACGCCGCUGCUAAGAAUGCCAUCCAACAGCUUCACAAGGAGCUGUCCACCCGGACAGAGCAGGCAAAUAAGAAGUGCGAAGAGGCUCGGCAGGAGAAAGAGGCGAUGGUCAUGAAGUAUGUCAGGGGGGAGAAGGAGUCUCUGGAUCUGAGGAAAGAGAAGGAAGCGCUGGAGAGGAAACUGAGGGAAGCCAACAAGGAGAUUGAGAAACACAACAACAGGAUCAAACUGCUAACUCAGGAAAAAGGCCGAUUACACCAGCUGCAUGAGGCCAAGGAAAACGAAACCAGCAGACAGAGCCGUGACAUUGAGAAGCUUAAAGAAGAGGUGAAUUCGUAUGCCAUCAAAGUGAAGUGGGCUCAUAACAAACUUAAAACAGAGCUGGACGCGCACAAGGAAACCAAAGAUAAUUUGCGAGAUGCAACAGCUAAACUAAACAAAGCUAAAGAGGAGGCAGAUCAGGUGCGGCGGAAUUGCCAGGAUAUAAUAAAAACCUACCAGGAGUCGGAGGAAAUUAAAUCCCAUGAAUUGGACGCUAAACUGCGGGUCACAAAAGUGGAGCUGGAGAAACAGAUGCAGGAAAAAUCAAGCCACCUGGAGGUUCAUCAGGCAAAAAUCAAAGAGCUGGAUGAUCUGAGAAGGACUUUUACAGAAGGAAUGGAUGAACUGCGCACCUUACGAACGAAGGUGAAGUGUCUAGAAGCCGAGCGCCUCCGGACAGAGGAAGAAUUAUCAAAGUACAAAGAACUUAUUAACAGGCAGAAAGCUGAGAUCCAGAAUCUACAGGACAGAGUGAAGGUCAUGGAUCAGCAGGAAGAGCGGCACAAAAGGGACAUACAAGAGAUUGAGAGUUUACGGGAGGAAGUGAACAGUCUAAACUCGCUCAUCUCGGACCUUCAGCGGGAUAUAGAGGGUAGUAGGACGCGGGAGUCUGAGCUGCUGGGGUUUACAGAGAAGCUGACCAGCAAGAACGCUCAGAUCCAGUCCGAGAACAACUCCUUACAGUCCCAGCUGGAUAAGCUGACCUAUAGUGAGAGCGAGCUCCGCAGCCAACUAGAACAGCUCCAGCACUCCAACACUGAACUGGAAGAGAGACUGAAAUCAGAGAGGACCUUAAGACAGCAGGAGGUGACCUCCCUCCAGACAGACUUGAACUCUCAGCGGUCUCUGGUGGCUUCACUGAACACUCGAAUAGAUGAGCUGAACAAUGAACUUGCCGCACAGAGGAGGAAACACGCCGUCAAUCUGAAGGAUCUGACCAAACAGCUCCAGCAAGCGAGGAAGAGGAUGGAGCAAAUGGAGAAUGGCAACUAUGAGAAGGAGGUCAGCAGUAUGGGCAGCAGGUCCAGCUCUUCAGGCAUUCUUCUAGGGCUGAACGGUGCUCACGUCCUGAUCGGAGCUGGACCGAGGAGGACGUUGGGGACAGCACUGGAGCAUCCACAGGGCUCUCUCAACGCUCGAAGCAGCAAUGACGAUCGAUCUCCUGAGACCAUCAGGAACGCCAUGGUUGUGGACAGUUUUCCAGAAGUGGACAAGGCCGUCCUCAUUGAACGGAUCAUCCGCCUGCAGAAAGCUCAUGCCCGGAAAAAUGAAAAAAUAGAGUUCAUGGAGGACCACAUUAAGCAACUGGUGGAGGAAAUUAGGAAAAAAACAAAAAUCAUCCAGAGUUACGUUUUGCGGGAAGAAGCUGGGACCUUGUCAUCGGAAGCAUCAGACUUUAACAAAGCGAAUUUGAGUCGACGUGGCGGGAUCAUGGCGUCUCUGUACACCUCCCAUUCAGCGGACAGCGGACUUACAAUGGAUCUGUCCCUGGAGAUUAACCGGAAGCUGCAGGCCGUGCUGGAGGACACGCUGCUGAAGAACAUCACACUCAAGGAUAAUCUUCAGACUCUGGGAACGGAGAUUGAGCGACUGAUUAAACAGAAACACGACUUGGAGAGCCGCGUGUAGCAGACACCGCAUUGGCGAUUCUGCCCGGACAAUGGUCUAAUUGACUACUCAGCACUUUCCUUCAAUCAUUUAGAACUCCACGCCUGGAACUUCAGCAUCUGAAGCGCCAGGAACUCAAUCAGACUGUCCAAUAGGAAGAUCUGUGAUCUAUAUAUGCGAUUGCACUAGAUACCGGCAGAACUGAUGGGGAAAAUUCCAGGGAUGAAGGCCCGUCACUUCUAUUCAGGUUAUCACAUUCUGUGAUUUUAAUGUGUUUCUGUAAACGUCUUCUUCCAAAGGGUGAGACGGGUCACAUGACUUUUCUCUAUCAACUACGAAGUACUUGCCACUUUUGGGGGUUAGUCCACAAUAUCAAGUCCCAGCAGGCCAGAAUGGGAUGCUUGGCAGCUGAUACUCCUGACUUCCUUCUAAGAAAUGCUUGUUGUCUGACUGUCGUGGCUUUAGUAUCUUUUGAGCGUGACUCAGAAAAAUGCUGCGAAAACGAAAGUGAAAUCGCAGCUUCUGAUCUGCACACUUGCUCCAGGUCAGUGGUUUAGAAAACGGUGAAGCAAUCGGAAUUUCCUACAAAAGGUGGUUAAUGGCAAUUUCUCACUGCAGUUCUCUUUUUAUCCUGAUUGUACAUUAAGACUGUAGCUGGCUUUAUAAAUGUAGACUUCAGAAGAUGCAAAAGUGCAGUGGUGAGGCCAGUAACCCCCAGCGGGUCCCAGUAUUCGGUAGCCAGAACAGUGAAAGAUCUUUUGAUUGGUUGCUUUGGUUCAAUGCCCCUACAAAAUGUCUGAAAAACUCCUAAAAGAUGUUGACCCGCCACCCAAAAAAAAACAAUCAUGGGCCAGUAGCCAGAACAUUUAAAGAUCCUUUGAAUGAUUACUUUGGGUCAACGUCCCUAACAAGCUGCUGGAAUAAGCCUAAGGGCCAGUUCACACCAGACACAGUUCCGUACAGUUCCGUGCGCAUUUUUUCUGCACUAAAAAUGUAUCCC